CCCCCAACGCGCGCUCCCGCUGCAGGAGCCCCCCGGAGGGGUCCCUCGCGCACGCGCGCCUCCUGGCUUCGCGCCUCUUCCGCCUCGACGGCGUCCGCAGGUCGGAGGUGGCCGCGUUCCUGCGCCGCGGGGACGGGUUCAGCGCGAUGGUGGCGCGGGAGUACCUGGAGUGGUUCCAGUUCGGGGGGCAGGGGCUGGACCAGGCCCUGAGGAGCUUCCUGCGGGCGCUGGCGCUGUCGGGGGAGACGCAGGAGCGGGAGCGCGUCCUCGGGCACUUCUCGCGGCGCUUCCAGCACUGCAACCCCGGAGCCUUCCCCUCGCCCGACGCGGUUCACUCCCUGACCUGUGCCCUGAUGCUGCUCAACACCGACCUCCACGGGCAGCGCCCAGUUCGUGGCCAACCUGCGGGGGAUGAUGGACGGGGAGGACUUCCCCCGGCAGCAGCUCCAGGCUCUCUACGGCUCCAUCCGCAGGGAGGCGCUGCCGUGGGCACGGUGAGAUGGGCAGGAGGAGGAGGCCCCCCCCGGCCCCAGGAGCAGCGAAUCCCGGCCGGAGCUGCCGGGGGGGGCCGCGGCCGUCACCCACCGGGGCUGCUUGGCCAGGAAGGUGCUGACCGAGGCCGACGGCAAAAGGAGGCCGGGGCCCCCCCCGAGGCGCCGCUGGGGGUGCACCACGCUCUGGCCGAGCGCGCCCCCGCUUACACCAAGCGCCCCGACGUGUUCCGCCUGCGCACGGCCGACGGGCGCCGCUUCCUCUUCCAAGCGCCGACCCCCCGGGAGAUGCUGGCCUGGAUCGCGCGCCUCAACCUGGCGGCCGCGCUCCUCUCCGCGCCCCCGUUCCCCGCCGCCGUCGGGUCCCAGCGCGGCCCCGCGCGGCCCCUGCUGCCCGCAGCGCUCAGCCGCAGCCCCCCGGAGGAGCAGCGCCGGAGCCACGCGGCCUGGAUGGAGCGGGUGGAGCGGGAGCUGCGGCAGCGGCAGCGCCACGGGCCCGGCCCCGACCCGCGGCAGCACCGGCGGGACACGGAGCUGCUGCUGCACGAGCGCCGCCGCUACGAGACCUACGUGCGGGUCCUGGACUCGUGGCUCCGCGGGGGCGGCCGGGCCGAGCCGCGCUGGGAGGCGGAGCCGGAGCCGGAGGCGGAGCCGGGAGCGGCCCCCCCCGCGCUGAGCAGGGCGCGCUCCAGCCCCUCCCUGGGCCCCGGCCCCGCCCCCGGCCCCGCCCCCCCCGCCCGCGUCCGCAGGAACGAGUCCGAGCGGAGACCCCUGAGGAGCCUCGUGCCCAGGGGGCUGCGGCCCUGA